UCCAGUUGGUGCAGUAGUGUGGUCAGUGAGGUGCAGUGUGAUGGUGGUGGUGGUAAAUUCUGAAGCUAGUACUUGCCAACAGGGUGGCAAUAACGACAGCGUACCCCCUUAAAUGCAUGAUAAUUAAACUGGAAGAGUACGGAAUUCGGGGAAGUGUCCUAGAAUGUCCUAGUGUGGUGAUUAAUGAUACAAAAUUGUCAUGCAGACCCUUGGCAAACGGGAUACCACAGGGCAGUGUAUUGGGCCCAUUGUUGUUUGUUUGUUUCAUAAAUGACAUGCCAGAAGCUAUACAGUCUUCCAUACACAUGUUUGCAGAAGAUGCCAAGUUAUUCAGGGAAAUUAAGAACCAGACGGACUGUGAAGAGUUACAGAAAAAUCUCUGUCAGCUACUAGGGUGGUCUAAGAAAUGAUGGUUAAGAUUCAAUAUCACGAAAUGUAAGAGGAUGCACCUAGGUCGUACCAACAGUUAGGAGGCGUAUCACAUGUUCCAACGUGACGAAGAAACAGUAUUAACAGAGACCAAAUGUGAAAAGGACCUGGGUGUGUAUGUUGACAACGACCUGAAGUUUUCGGGCCAUUGAGAGAAAAAGGAUCAGAGGGAAGCUACUGAUGAUGAACUCAAGGUCGAAUCACAUCGGAAAGUAAAAUGAAAGUCAAGCGCCACAGUUAAAGCCAAGUGUCACAGUCAAAGUCAAGCAAUACAGUUAAAGAAAAGUGUUAUAAUGAAAAUUUGGUGUUAAUUUAAAAAUCCAGUAAUAAUGACAUCUUGAUAAACAUUUAACGUCACUGGUAAGGUCUAACUUAUAAGCACACUAACUGAAAAUUUUAAGAGUUAGUAGUAGUUAUUCAAAUGUGACGUAUAAGUAAAGCUUUGGUGUCACAGAGAAACAUGGACAUCACUGUGAGAAUAAAUAUUACAGUAAAACCUGAUAAAAAUUUGAGAACCUAAUGUUCACUGUAAAUAUCUAAGGUCAUGAUAAACAGCUGAUGUCAUAUUGAAUAACUGGUGUUAUAGUGAAAAGAUAACGUCAUAGUGAAUACCUGUCGUCAAUGUGGAAAAAAGUGACUUAUUAAAGAGAGAUUUGGCGUCACAAAAGGAAAAACUUAUAUCUGAUUUCUCUUAAAGACUUCAGGUUGACUUUAAUACCACCCAGCCAGAGAAUUGGUGAAAGGAGUGUUAACUAGUAACGUGGAGGCUGUACUGGUGAUCGUGGUGAGACGCAAAGCAUCGACAUGUGGGGCACAAAGGCUGCAGCAGAUCGCCUCAACCUGGGCACCAAGGAUGAACUGGAAGCGACUGGGUACACGAAAGACCCGGUGAAGUUGGCCUUGACGGUGGUGGCGACGGUGUUAACAGGAGGCCUGCUGCUCAUCCUCAUCACCUGGCGGCCCUCCAUUAAACUGGCUCUCACCCACCGUUGCUGCUCCCUCCUUCACGCUCAGAAGCUCCUCCUCAAGGACAUCUACCAUCAACUGUGGGAGGAGGAGGUGGUCAGGGAGGCGAGCGAGGGGCAAGAGACAUGUGUCUAUUUCGUCAACAAGAAAAUCAAGUAUGUUUGGGACGACGCUACCUGCACAUUCAUUAUGCUGAAACCUCUGGAUCACAGGGCGACGUUCAAAACCUUCCACCAGGUCAGCGCGGGUCUGGACGGGGACACAGCCAGACGACGAAGGUCACUCUUCGGCGAGAACUUUAUGAAGAUUGAAGUCCUGUCAGUGAGGCAACUCCUUAUCCAGCAGGCAUACAAUCCGUUCUACAUCUUCCAAGCGUACACCGUGAUACUGUGGAUUCUGCAGGCUUACUACCUCUUCUCCGGCUGCAUCACGGCUCUCUCCAUCAUCUCCAUCACUCUCAUCGUCUGGGAAACAAGGCGGCAAAGUCGCGCCCUGAGAGAGACGGUGACGUCACAGUCAGAUAUAACCGUGCUGCGUGAUGGUGAACGGAAGGUACUGUCGUCGCGGGAGGUGGUGCCGGGUGACGUGGUACUGAUCGAGGACAACAUGGGCAAACUGGAGGUCGACGCCGUGCUCCUCCAGGGAACUAUAGUUACCAACGAGGCCAUGCUCACUGGCGAGUCCAUUCCUGUCACAAAGGUUGGUGUGCCGCUGGAGAGUGAUGUUAUGUUCUGUGAAAACGAGCACCGCCAUCACCUACUACACAGCGGGACACAGGUGGUGCAGGUGCGGGGUGCCAAGGAGCUCCCAGCACUAGUCAUCAACACAGGGUUCUCCACUGUCCGGGGGGAGUUGGUUCGCUCCAUCCUCUUCCCCAAGCCAAUGGACUUUCAUUUCUACAAUGACUUCCUGAAGUUGCUGCUCAUUUUCUUGGUGUUGGGAGUAGCUGCCAUGAGCUGGAGCUUCCAGAAGUGGAUCAAAGCUGGGGCUUCAUGGCACGAAAUACUCUUCAACUCGCUGGAUAUUAUCACCUUCGUGGUGCCACCAAUCCUGCCCGCCACCAUCACAGCCAUCAAUGUGUGGGCACAACAGCGACUCAAGAAGCAAGACAUCUUCUCUCUCUCCUCAAACUACAUCCCUUUCGCUGGGUCCAUCGACAUCAUUUGCUUUGACAAGACAGGGACGCUGACAGAGGAUGACCUGGCACUGGCUGGGGUGGUGCCUAGCGUGAAGGGUGAUCUGGCAGCACCUUUGGAGGACCUGGCACACCUCUCACCUGAUCAGCCCCUCACUAAGGCCCUUGCCACCUGCCACUCACUCACCCUCAUCAACGGCAGGCUCAUCGGUUACCCUCUUGAUGUUAAAAUAUUCACCGGUAUUGAUUGGGUGUUGGAGGAGCCAGAUGCUGUGGUGAACUCAGACUAUGGAAUAGUGACACAGCUGCUUGUACAGCCCAGAGCUAAGGAAGGUGUGGACCCAAACGUGCACCAGAUGGCAAUUCUAAAGACAUUCCCCUUUGAAUCGCGAGAACAGCGUAUGACAGUGGUGACCCGCAGCAGGACCAGCACGGCCCUAGAAAUCUUCAUUAAGGGUGCCCCUGAGAAGGUUGCAUCACUCUGCAGGCCUGAUACGGUGCCUGGCAUCAUGGAGGCAGCGCUGGAGUGGUAUACACGACAGGGACUGCGGGUGCUAGCUGUGGCGGGCAAGACUCUGAGGGAGGGACUCACCUUGGGCCAGGUGGAGGUGUGCCCACGUGAGGAACUGGAAGAUGAAUCAGCAUUCCUGGGUCUGGUGUUGUUACAUAACAAGCUCAAAGUGGAAACCGCACCUGUCUUGGCCAUCCUCCAUAAGGCGCGCCUCGCAACUGUCAUGGUCACAGGGGAUAACUUGUUGACAGCAUUAAGUGUGGCCCGUCAGAGUGGAAUGGUGCAGGCAGGCAUUCAACUGAUUGUUGUGAAGGCAGUCGUGGAGGCAGCCUCAGCUAAGGCAGCACAGCAUCUGAAAGUCUUCUACUAUGAUGCUGACUCUGUGGGAAGGCUGCAUAACCAGCAAAAAAUGAUCUCUGUGAGAAAUGAUAACUACGCACUGGCUACAGAUGGAAAGACUUUCGACUUGAUCGCCAACAGUCAGGAUAAAAAUUUGUUUCAUCGGCUACUGCACAAAGGCCGAGUCUUUGCCAGGAUGAAGCCUGAACAGAAGGUCACUGUUGUGGAGACCCUCCAAAAUCUUGGGCGCUAUGUUGCUAUGUGUGGUGAUGGUUGCAAUGACUGUGGGGCACUGAAGGUGGCAGACACAGGCAUCUCUCUGUCAUCAGCCGAGGCAUCUGUGGCAGCGCCCUUCACCUCAAGGAAGGAGAACAUCACCUGUGUCCCCACACUCAUACGUGAGGGCCGGUCAGCUCUGGUCUCCAUAUUCACUGCCUUCAAGUAUAAUGUUGUCUCCUGCCUUGGUGCCCUCAUCUGCGUCCUUUUCCACUUCUCGAUCAACACUGAGCCAACUGACCUGCAGUACCUGAUUCAGGACCUGGUGCUCAUGACUAUUCCGGCCUUGGUGAUGGGCAACACAGGACCACCUUCCUACCUCACCCCAAGCCCACCCUCACGACGUAUCCUCAGUUUUCUCCCUUCGGCAUCUAUCUUCUCCUUUUUGGGUCUUCAGGCACUUGCUUACUGGACCAUCCUGGCUUAUCUUCGUGCCCAGUCGUGGUUUGAACCAUUCAAGUAUGAGGAGUACAGGCAGCUAGCGAUUCCCUCCUAUGAGAAUACAUCACUCAUUACUAUGAGCUUCUACUCUGUCAUCAUUGGAGCAUUUGUCUUUUCUCACUCUGCACCAUACAGGAAGCCUAUUUACACUAACUACAUCUUGAUUGUGUAUCUGUUGGUGGCAACAUCGUUCAGCAUCUUCAUCACCUUCUGCAGGGAAGCAUGGCUCAUAAAUUUUUUUAACUUCCGACGUUAUCCUGAAGCUGGCUUCUGUGGUGUGCUGUUUUUUGCUGCAUGUAUUAACUGCAUUGUCUGCUUCAUGUGGGAGAGGUGGUUAUUAUAUGGUGUAAUGCAACAGUAUGUGCUGCCGUGGUUCCAAUCCAUUUGUGGGCCACAUCCACUCUACACAAAACUAGAGGCUGAAAUGAAAGCCAACCAAGAAUGGCCACCUCUCACAGAACCCCACCAAUCAAGGAUCCAGGGAUACUCUAGUGAAGGGGAACCAAUGGUGGAAAAGGAAGAACUGGAUAUAGGUGAUGAACAAUAUGGAGACGACACCAUGCUCAUGAGAAAGCUGACCCGCCGACAUCAGUUUCAGGCAACUGUGAAGUACUUGCCAGAAAAGUCCCACAUUAAUUCUAACACCAAAAUGGCUGCAGGGAACACCACCAUCAACAUGAGCUCCAUUGACGACCAGCAAUGGACACAACAUGAAAAUGAGCCUUUGAUAGAUCACCAUUCACUAUCUCCUCUAUACUCUCCACCAGAAAGUAUGGAGUACCAGGAGCCUUGGGAUGCUCUUCAGGGUGGAGGACCAAGCUUCAAGUCUAACCACAGUGUGCGGCAUCAGAUUAUGAAGGGCACCAGUGGGGCUUUCAAGACUUUUAAAGGAAGUGUCAAAAGGCAGAAUGCUGUUGAAGAUAGUGCAGCACAUCCAUAUGAGGUGAUCAAUCUGUGUGACACUCGUACUGACAAAGAAGAAAUUUAUGCCACUAUAUCGGAAGAUCUGUCUCAAAACCACGAGCAGACAUGGACACCACCACUAGUGCACACAAACUCCUCUCAAGAACAAGAAGAGUUGCAGGCAUCUACAGACGAAAAGAAUGAGGUAGGGCUGCAAGAGGAAACAGAGUGGGGAAGGGGAGAAACUGAUAAUUUAGAAGAAAUGGGGCUAGGAAGGAUAGAGUGGUGCAUAAAAAAUCCUGAUGGAGAGGAUGACGACAAUACUAGCCUGAUGGAACACAUGGAUAUUGCAUGGCAACGUAUGUCUGGGUAUCACCUGCAACCCUCCUUCACCAACUGGAAGACUGAUCUCUCCGGCACCAGUACAAGUAGCAGACCUGUCAGCAUUGUAAAAGGAACAUGUUUACAAGAACAAAUAUAUGAUGUACCCAAACCACCAAGACCAGUGGGAGAACCAUACUCACCUGCUGCCCCUACAGGAACAAUUUCAAAUGAAUUACCCGAACUGCCAUUACAUUUACCAAGUGAUGCUACUGUAGAGUGGAAAAAUGAAGAAAGUACCUGCUAAUAUUUUUUAUACAAUGACAGUGUAAGAAGAUAUGACUGCUGUAUUUCUUACAGACUGAUAUCCCAUGUUGGAUGAAGUGCCAUUUUAAAUGAUGUACAGUAAAUGGAGGGAAAAAGUUAUCAUUUGGAAUUGACAGUCUUGACUGAAAUUAUACAAUCAACAUUUAAAUAAUUACGGUAUUACACAGUAUUGUACAAUAAAAGUUGUGAUGUUGAGAAACAAUGCAUAAACACAGUAUUGAGCAGCAGUUCUUGUUCUUUUUAGUUUAUUUACUAAGUACUGUAUGGACAGCCCUUUUCUCAUCUCAUAUCUAACAAGUGCAAAUGUAAUUAUUUUUGUACUGUAUUGCAAUUAGCUUCACUAAAAUACUUGAUAGAGAUCAUUACAGUUUCUAUAUUGGAUGACUGACUCAAUAACAAUGAUAACUUGAUUAUAUCUCUGCAUUAAACUUAAAAUUACUUAUUAUCAGAGAAACAACCAAAAAAUGCUGCAGUAAAUAAAAUUGAAAUACAGGGUAUACUGUAUUUACCUACAGCUAAUACAAUUAUAUCCACAUUGUUAUAAAAUUUUAUGACAACAAAUAGUUUUCAAAUAAAUUAUAAAAUUUUCAACAGGGCAUGAAAUACUUUGCUUUUGAGGUGUAAAAUAGGGUACAAAGUGCCAUCUCAAUAACACAUUAGGCCACUUUUAGUUACCAUUGACACCAGCACAUGUACAGUACAAGGUAAAAAGCAAAUCCUUUACUGAGAGGUAUUUAUACUUUACAGUACUAUCUGCCCACAGACUAUAAUUAACAUAAUACAUUUUAAAACUUGCAUAUACAGUAGUACAUUGAGACCUCAAUGGAUUUCAUUGAAGUGAAAUAUUUGGUUCACAUCAAAUGUUGCUUGUACAGUACAAUAAUAUUGGUAACUGUCUAUGGUAUAGGGCUGGAAGUUCCCACCACCUCAUGACAGCCUGGCUGUGUCAUGAAGUAUUAUAGUUCAGUAGCAAGAUGCAUUAUUCAAGUGAACAAUGCAAUUGCAUUUAAUGUGGGUCUUCACUCGAUCAUACUGGUAACAAGGCAGUCACUGGUGGGCUGGCUGUCUUUAUGACAGUGAGGAUAUUAACUUUAGUUUUCACCAGUUGACCUUCACAGCUGAAAUGUCAAUCUAUUGAACCGCUUACCUCUUAAUCCUAUUGCCCCAUUUGAUCUGCCAGUACUGCAUAACCGUAACAAGGCAGUCACUGGUGGGCUGGCUGUCUUUAUGACAGUGAGGAUAUUAACUUUAGUUUUCACCAGUUGACCUUCACAGCUGAAAUGUCAAUCUAUUGAACCGCUUACCUCUCAAUCCUAUUGCCCCAUUUGAUCUGCCAAUACUGCAUAUCCUCACUAGGUAGUCAACAUAGUUUUCUGCUCUUUUAUGUCUUGUCUGUGGCAGUGAAUGCUCUUUGCACUUUUUGUAACUACAGCCCUGUACAGUAUAUUCUUCAGUUCAGCUUAGUUACACAGUCUAUUGUAUAGAUAUGUACAUACCAAGAUAUGUGAACACGCCUGACGCCAGGACUCUUGUUACCAUUCAUUGUACCAUUUAUUCACAUGUCCGUAUUACUACAUAUUA